GGGUGGGAGCGCGCGGCGCCUCAAAAUGUCCUCCAGUGGCACCCUCAGCAACUACUACGUGGACUCGCUCAUAGGCCAUGAGGGCGACGAGGUGUUCGCGGCACGCUUCGGGCCGCCGGGGCCCAGCGCGCAGGGCCGGCCCGCAGGUGUGGCCGACAGCCCGGCCGCCACCGCCGCCGAGUUCGCCUCGUGUAGUUUUGCCCCCAAAUCGGCCGUGUUCUCCGCCUCGUGGUCCGCGAUGCCCGCCCAGCCCCCGGCGGCGGCAAUGAGUGGCCUUUACCACCCGUAUGUGCCCCCGCCGCCCCUGGCCGCCGCCGCCUCGGAGCCCGGCCGCUACGUGCGCUCCUGGAUGGAGCCGCUGUCCGGCUUCCCAGGCGGCGCAGGCGGCGGCGGCGGGGGCGGAGGUGGCGGAGGCGGCCCGGGCCCUGGUCCCAACCCCGGCCCCGGCGGCCCAGCCAACGGGCGCCACUACGGGAUUAAGCCUGAAACCGGAGCGGCUCCGGCCCCUGCCGCCACCGCCGCCUCCUCCUCUGCGUCCUCCUCUUCCUCCUCCUCCUCCUCCUCCAAACGGACUGAGUGCUCCGCCGCCCGGGAGUCCCAGGGGAGCGGCGGCACUGAGUUCUCGUGCAACUCCUUCCUGCGGGACAAGGCGGCAACGGCGGGCGCCGGGCCCGGGGCGGGGAUUGGGGCCGGGCCCGGGGCUGGCGGCUCGUCGGAGCCCUCGGCUGGCAGCGACCACUCGAGCCCGAGCUGCCCGCUGAAGGAGGAGGAAAAGCAGCAUCCGCAGCCGCCGCAGCAGCAACUUGACCCAAACAACCCGGCCGCGAACUGGAUCCACGCUCGCUCCACGCGGAAAAAGCGCUGCCCUUACACCAAAUACCAAACCCUGGAGCUGGAGAAGGAAUUUCUGUUCAACAUGUACCUCACCCGGGACCGGCGCUACGAGGUGGCCAGGAUUCUGAACCUCACAGAGAGACAGGUCAAAAUCUGGUUCCAGAACCGUAGGAUGAAAAUGAAAAAGAUGAGCAAGGAGAAAUGCCCCAAAGGAGACUGACUGGCGCCGGCGGCACCGCUGUGCUUUGCAGAGGCAGCGGGGGAUUUGCUUAAUGGGUGCUUGAUUUCCAGAAACUCUCCAGCGACUCGGAUUUUUCUUUCUUGCUUUCUCUUUUUAAGGUAGAAGUGACUGUGUGGUUGGUCUCUGUGAGGUAUUUGGGGGACUCUGUAUUUGCUCGCUUAUGUGUUGGAGAAACCAAGUGGCUUUGGGGUUUUGCCCUACCCUGCUCCCUCCCUUUCCUGUCCCGUUGGUUCCUUAGGAAAUGCUAUCUUUUGUGAGUGCACGCUGGCUUAGGGGAGCCCUCUCCUGUGUAAAUAUCCCCCGUGUUUCUGAAAAGUGCUGUAGUUUAGUCCCCAGUGCUGUCCAAGGAAGGGCCAAGCCUGCCCCAAUUCCGAGAAUGAAGGCAAGCGACGACAGUGCAGAUACCCUGGCUGCCUGCCCAGGCUGAGGCCCAGCCGGGUUGCCCACCAGUUACUAAAGCCCUCUUUCCUCAGGGAGCCUGCGGGCCCUCAGCCGAGACCUUG